AUGCAGGACGGGAUUAAAAGGCUGAUGUCGUUGCUUGGACCUGAGGGCGUGCAAGGUCCCGAUGCAAUCAGUGCGCGUCUAGAGGCGUUUUCAAAUUACGAAAACACGCUGCUAGAGCACCUGCAGCAGAAUAUGUCUGCAUCGUUUGCGUCUAUGAUGCGACCGUCAGUGACGGAUGACUUUCCCCGACCUAAGCCGCUCAUGGUGAGCGUUAAUGUCUUCGAGGGGAAGAUUGGAGGGAAUAUUCUGCUCUGGGUGACAGAGGUCGAGAUGCUCAUAGCAUCAGCCAUACUCCAGACCGAGCAACAGCGCGUGGCGCAAGCCAUCUCAAAGCUCGGUGGUCGAGCGCGAGAAUGGGCACUGACGUGCGGCACUUCGGUCGAAGCUGCGUUUCCCUCCUGGGCAGAGCCGAAAUUGCAGCUCUCACGAGUGUUCUCGUCACCUAACCUGGCGUAUCGCGCGCGAUCACGUUUCCUUGCUGCCCGACAUGGCAACACGGAAUUGGUGGACUUUGUCCAAAAGAUGCGCACUCUCAUUGCCGUGAUGGCAGCAGAUCCCCUCUCGGAAGCAGUCACAGUGACCGUCUUUAUGGAAGGCUUCCGCAUUGACGUGGACAAAAUGGAAGUCUUCCGUGUGCAUCCGUCUUCAUUUGAAGAGGUGGUGAGUGCGGCAUUGAAUGCCGAAAUUCAAUUUCAAGUCUGCACGACUUAG